AUGAAUUAUAAUAAUAACAAUAUCAUAUUACCACAGCUAGUGACAGCACAAGAACAUCAAGUAAAAAAGAAGCCACACGUUCAUAUCGCUUGCAACAAUUGCAAAAAGGCUCAUUUAGCUUGUGAUGAAUCUAGACCUUGUAAAAGAUGUACUGCAACAGAUAAAGCAGAUUCCUGUCAAAACACUGAGCAUAAAAAGAGAGGUCGACCUAAACUGAUAAGAGAUGAAAGCAAGUCUAAGUCAAGAAGACUCAAUGCUAUGAUACCAGAAUUGGUUAAUUCAGUAUUUUCGACUGAUAAUAGCAUGAAAGAUGAAGAUGCGCUACAAAUGAUGACCAUAUUUAUUACCCUUGAUUUAUGCUGUGCUAGAGCAUCAGAUGAAUCUUUUGAUUUUCUAGACCUCUACCCACAAGAAUUAGCACACAGAUCAAUAUAUGAUUUUAUUCUUCCUGGUGAAGAAAGCCAUGUUUCCAAAAUACACAGAUAUUUGCUUAACAACAUCGCACAGCAGCAUCAACAAAAGAUACCCAAUAACAUUCUACGAUCUUCUUCUGAUCUUUUUUAUUCUACUCCUGCAAAGAAAUUACUGGAUAUUGCCAAUGGAUCACAAACAUUCAAACAAACUAUCAAGUUCCGUCGUAAAGAAAAACAAGGGCAAGAGAUGCAAGCAAGUUUUUAUCUGGGCGGUGGGUUAGGCGCGGAUCUGCUGGAAUCCUCAACCUUUAGUCAAUUAUAUAUCGUUUGUAUACUAUCGCCUACUGCUCCUAUCAAAAGAUCAAGUGCUAUUAAUCUGUCCUCUUUGCUCUUAUUAAAUCAUGAUAUUCGUCAAACCGAGUAUCAACAGCAACGGGAUGAAGAGGAAAGACUUUUGGAUAUUUUAUCCUCAUCGCCUUCAAAUAGCUACUCAUCUCCUACAAACAGUUACAAUUCCUUAACUUCCCCCUCAAUUAAGCAACAGCAGUUACAACAACAACAAAAGCAACAACAAAACAUAGGUGAGCCUACUACUUCUAUCCAGCUAGACAACAAAAAGAAACAAAGCGAACUAAGCAUGUUUCAAAUAAAAUCCUCGACCAAGGAUAGCCGUUCGUUGGCGAAUAAUAAUAGCAAACAACCACAACAACAGCAACAGCAGCAACAGCAGCAGCAGCAGCCAUUUGCACACCCUAAUGAACUCUAUUAUUUUCAAACCACUUCCAGUAGGCUAUCAUCGGAGGCUAUGGCACGGACAACAUAUCCAUACUUAUCAGGCACAAACCUUGUCAACACAAACAUCCAUUUUAGCCCAUUAGCAAAGUUCAAUAGUAUGUCUACAACUUUUCUCAGUUGA